GCACCAGAACUGUGUGGAAGUGCAUGGAAGUGGCUCUGUUGGAAGCAGCUAUCCUGGUGGGGAGAUGAGCCUACUUAGAAAUAUCUGAGAAUUGUCCUGAAAGGAAAAGAAAAAUAACAAGCUUCCCCUCUUCCUUACCAGGUCAGUUAUGGUUUUGCUUCCCAUCUUCUUAAUGAUAAAGCUCAGUUCCCUUUUUUCUACCGAACAGUCCCAAAAGAAGAAGCCAUUUACCUGGGGGUUGUCAAACUGCUCCUGCAUUUCAAGUGGACGUGGAUCAGUCUCAUUGCUCCAGACUCUGAAAAUGGAGACAGGUUCUUGAGGUCCUUCACACCUCUGCUCCUGAGGAACAGUAUUUGUGUUGCUUUCUCAGAUACCAUCUCAAUAGUGAUGGGUUUCUUUGAGUUGUUAAACAGCGAUUCAUUUCUCAAGUGGAAUGCAGUCAAUGUGACUGUUUACUAUGCGGAGACCCAUUACUUCAUACAUGGAAUAUUAGUUAAAGGCAUGUAUGAACGGUAUAUGCCUUCCAUGAGGGGGAAAAUCUGGAUCACAACAGCUUUGUGGGACAUCACAUUGACAACAAUAUACAAUCAUUUACCUUACCAACAUAUCCAUGGGUUUUUUUCCUUCUCUAUCCAGACAAAGAAAAAGAUAAAAGAUGAUCUUAAAAUGUUGCUUUCUCAUAUGAGUUACAUCAUAAAGACAAGGUUUCCUUGUUUCUUUUCAAAACAUGUGUUGUCUGUGAAAGGCUGGAUACGAUGCAAAGAGAAAGAGAGUAUGGAGACCCUUCCCCAGCAGGUGGUUGACAAGUCUCUGUCCUUAGACAGCUACAGGAUUUACAGUGCUGUUCAAGAUGUGGUACAUGCCUUAAAUGCAGCCUAUUUCUCCAGAUCCAAGCGGAUGGUGAAGAUGGGUGGAGACCUUAAAAGGUUGCAGCCAGGACAGCUUCUCCCUUUCCUCAGAAAAUUCAGAUUUUGCAAUAACUCCAUGCAUGGGGUGUAUUUGGAUGAGAAGGGGGACCUGGCAGUCGACUUGGAUAUUUUGAACUAUAUUGUAUUUCCCAAUAACUCCAUUCAUAGAAUGAAAAUUGGGAGUCUAGAGCGACAGGGAUCCCUAGAGCAAAAAUUCACCAUUGAGAAGGGUGCCAUCGUGUGGCCCAAAUGGCUUAACCAGACCUGGCCUUGUUCUAAAUGCACUGAAAGUUGCUACCCUGGAUAUGCCAAGAAGAUUCUGGAAGGGAAGCUCAUUUGCUGCUAUGAAUGUUCUCCAUGCAUGGAAGGGGCCAUCUCCACCCAGGAAGAUGCAGAACAUUGUAAGAAGUGUCCAGAUGAUCAGCAUUCAAACAAGGAGAGAAAUCUAUGUGUCUCCAAGGUUCUGAUCUUCCUGUCCUACGAAAAAUCUUUGGGGAUCAGCCUAGCUUUCUUUGCUCUGUUAUUGAGCUUAAUCACAGGUUUUGUGUUAGGAAUCUUCAUUAAAUAUCUAGAAACUCCAGUGGUGAAAGCCAACAACCGGAACCUCUCCUUCAUUCUCCUCAUCUCUCUCCUGCUUUGCUUCUUAUCUUCCUUUAUGUUCAUUGGCCAGCCUCAGAAGGCAACUUGCCUUCUCCGACAAACUGCCUUCAGCAUCAUCUUCUCAGUUGCCAUCUCUUCUGUGUUGGCCAAAACCAUCACUGUGGUGGUUGCAUUCAUGGCUACAAAACCAGGAAACAGGAUGAGGAAGUGGCUGGGCAAGAGUAUGGCCAACUAUGUCAUCAUUCUUUGCUCUUGUAUACAAGCUGGCAUCUGCAUCAUCUGGCUGGGAAUCUCUCCACCCUUCCCAGACUUUGACAUGCACUCCCAGCCUGAACACAUCAUCCUUCAAUGCAAUGAAGGGUCAGUCACCAUGUUUUAUACUGCCCUUGGCUACAUGGGCUUCCUGGCUGCUGUCUGUUUCACUGUGGCUUUCCUAGCCAGGAAGCUGCCUGGGGCAUUCAAUGAAGCCAAGUUGAUCACCUUCAGCAUGUUGGUCUUUUGCAGUGUUUGGGUCUCCUUUAUUCCCACCUACUUAAGCACGAAAGGGAAAUACAUGGUGGCUGUGCAGGUCUUCUCCAUCUUGGCCUCCAGUGCUGGGUUACUGGGCUGCAUUUUUAUUCCGAAAUGCUACAUUAUUGUCUUGAGGCCUAGUCUGAAUGCAAAGGAGCAUCUAAUGGUGAAAGUAAAAGAUGUAAUCUGAUCUUUAAAAUGUUCUUUAAAAAAUAUUUGAAAUCUAUGUCCAGGACUGAAAUCAUGAAAUGAGCCCAGUUUCCUCAUGACAAUGAACUGUAGUUCAUCGGUAGAGCGUAUGCUUUGCAUACAAAACAGCCCAUGGUUAAUCAGUAGCAUCUCCAAGUAGGGCAAGGGAAGAUCUCUGUCUGGUAUCCAUCCAAGAGAAUUACAGACAUUCCGUCUGGACAAUAUGGAUUUUCAUGGAGUAAUAGUCUGACUAAGUCAGCUUCACUUGUGUUCCAGAUACUGUACUACAAAGUACUAAUGGACGUUGAUGGUGAACUCAUAGUGGCUCCAGUUGUGAACUGGACCUGGCUGGCUUCAGACAUCAUUCCCAAUGGGAGAACAUGCUCCCUGGGAACCUCCAGUUCCUCCUACUUUACCAUCUUGGCUGCAGUAAUGUGAAGCCACUCAAUUCCUGACAUCCAGACAUUGCAAGGAUGUUGCUCUAGCCAGUUUUGCCAAGUUGGGAGCUUAAGAACAUAAGAAGAGCCCUGCUGGAUCAGGCCCAAGGCCCAUCUAGUCCAGCAUCCUCUUUCACACAGUGGCCCACCAGAUGCUGCUGGAAGCCUACAGGCUGGAGUUGAGGGCAUGCCCUCUCUCCUGCUGUUACUCCCCUGCAACUGGUACUCAGAGACAUCCUGUCUUUGAGGCAGGAGGUGGCCUAUAGCCUUCCGACUAGUAGCCAAUGAUAGAUCUCUCCUCCAUGAAGUUAUCCAAACCCCUCUUAAAGCCAUCCAGCUUGUUGGCCAUCACCACAUUUUGUGGCAGAGAAUUCCACAAGUUGAUUAUGUGUUGUGUGAAAAAGUACUUCUGUUUGUUGGUCCUGGAUUACUGCAAUGUACUCUGUGUGGGGCUGCCCUUGUAUGUAGUCCGGAAACUACAGUUGGUCCAGAAUGUAAUGCAGCAGCCAGGUUGGUCUCUGGGUCAUCUUGGAGAGACCAUAUAACUCCUGUAUUGAAGGAGCUACACUGGCUGCCGAUAUGUUUCCAGGCAAAAUACAAGGUGUUGGUUAUAUCCUAUAGAGCCCUAAACAUCUUGGGCCCUGGGUAUUUAAGAGAAUGUCUUCUUCGUCAUGUACAGCACCGCCUAUUGAGAUCAUCAGGAGAGGUCCCUCUGCAGUUGCCACCGGCUCGUCUGGUGGCCACUCAGGGACUGGCCUUCUCCGCUACUGCCCCAAGGCUUUGGAAUGCUCUCCCUAGUGAAAUAAGAGCCUCCCCAUCUCUGACAGCUUUUUAAGUCUUUAAAGACGCAUCUGUUCA